CACAAAGUCCAAAUUCACUAUAUCGUAAAGAUUCAUGAUAACAACCAUGUGCUUUUUGGUUUCAAUUAAAGCUUGUUGUAAUUAAAGAAAUGGAGACCACACCGAAGACAACCAAAUCAAAAUCUGUGUACGGUACACCCUGCUAUUUAAAAUCAAGCCCAUGUGAAUCCAGUAACGUUAGUGUGCGAAAGCCAAAACAGCAGAUGAGUUCUUCUCUGAAGGAAAGACUAAAAAGAUCAAGACGUUCCUUCACCUCUCCUGUUUCCGUGGCCAAACGUCUUAACAUUGACGAAGAUGACAAACUACCCUCAACAGCAGACAAAAAGACAGAGCAUGGUGCCAAAACAGACAGACAGAAGAAUAUUGACAUCAACAGAAAUGAUACCACACCCAGUAAAUGUCCAGAGACUAGAAGGGCUGGGGUACCUUGCCCCAUGCCUGAAUCAGCUCAACCUACUCCUACAGACUUGCUACAACUAGGAGACCAACUGAAGAGAGAGGUUAAAGAAAGGACAGAGACUCUACGUAGACUGAAGAUGGUGAAAAUGUACAGAAGCAAGAAUGACCUGGCACAGUUGAGAGUUUUGAUUGACAAGUGGCGGAGUUGUAGUCAGGCUGCGUUGUAUGAGCUCCAGUCAGAUCUCCCCAUAGAUGGCAGGAAAGCCAGCAUCUCCCAGCUAAUCGACCUCUUUGGUCUAGAGGACAGGAUACUUCACUUUGACCGCACAGAAGAGGACUUCACCAAUGCAUAGACCCACAUGCCUUCUGUUCAUGUCGUCACAAAGAAUAUUAAUUGUUGAACUCAUCAGAUGAUUUAUCAUGCAGAUUUCCUGCCUUCGUUGAAUAUUCUAGAUUCAAUAAUCUUAUGUACUCAAUGUUUUUCACUCUAAACUUACUAUGCUCCACAAGUCAUUAGAGUGGAAAAAUAACAUUCAUUUGCCAUUUCAUCAGUUUAAUUUCAUACUGUUACCUACCAUAGUAAUUUAUUUUAUUUGAGUUCUGUAUUUCAAGAUUAAAAUCUGUUUUCGUGUUGUGACGUUUUGUUAAACAAAGAAUGUAAAUAAAAAGUGUUUCUUAAA